CCUUCUUCCUCACCCAUCUCUUUCUCUCUCUAGGGAUGGACCUCCUCUCUCUCUCCUCCCCAUCCUCACCUCACUUCCUCCCCCUCAAACCCUCCUCCCUCCAUGUCCCCAGGCCACCCCCUCCUCCUCUCCUCUCCCUCAAGCCCCACCCCGCCGCCGCUCCGCCUCCUCCCCUCCCCUCCCUCAAGGCCCGUCUCGCCGCCCCCUCCCCAAGGCCCCGCCGGGCCGCCGCCGCCGCCGCCGCCGCCGUCUCGUCGGCGGCACCUCAGACGCCCGCCACCGCCAUGCGGGGCGCCGAGGCCGACGCCAUGGGGCUCCUGCUCAGGGAGCGCAUCGUCUUCCUGGGGAGCAGCAUCGACGACUUCGUCGCGGACGCGAUUAUCAGCCAGCUGCUCCUGCUCGACGCUCAGGACCACACCAAGGACAUCCGGCUCUUCGUCAAUUCCACCGGCGGCUCGCUUAGUGCUACAAUGGCUAUAUAUGAUGUCGUACAGCUUGUCCGAGCUGAUGUUUCAACUGUGGCUCUAGGCAUUUCAGCAUCAACAGCUUCCAUAAUACUUGGUGGAGGCACUAAAGGGAAGCGUCUUGCGAUGCCAAAUACACGCAUAAUGAUUCAUCAACCUCUUGGUGGUGCAAGUGGGCAAGCUAUAGAUGUGGAAAUUCAAGCUCGAGAAGUUAUGCAUAACAAAACUAAUGUCACCAAGAUUAUUUCUUCUGUCACUGGACGUCCAUUCGAACAAGUCGAAAAAGAUAUUGACAGAGAUCGGUACAUGUCUCCAAUUGAAGCUGUUGAGUAUGGAAUCAUCGACGGAGUAAUUGAUAGAGAUAGUAUUAUUCCUUUGAUGCCUGUGCCUGAAAGGGUGAAGUCCAGAUUGAACUACGAGGAAAUCAGUAAGGACCCUAGGAAAUUUUUGACACCAGAUAUUCCUGACGAUGAGAUAUACUAGUGUGGUUUGCAAAUGCAGGUUCUAUCACAUCUUGGAUUUAGGAAGAUGAUAUUCUCCUUCUGUGGUCAUUGAGGCUCAUGCCAUGUUGAAUCUGAAGGGGGCUUUUGUAAGUUGAGCUUGAACACUUUAGGGUGUAGCAUGGCAUAGUUGGGUUGAUGGGCAAACACUUGUUAUCCUCUGAAACUUGAGGACAUUGGUUUACAUCACUUCUGUUCAAAUGUAACUUGCCUGUGAUAUUUGCCUAUCAUAGUCGGCACGGCACUUGAAUUCUACAUCUUUCAGGUUAUUCUUA